AACUAAUAAGAUGGUUCUUAAAUGACGUCGACGAAAGAAAACAGGCACAUGCUAGCCCAGACGAACCCUUUUGCGAGAAACGAUUUGAAUUAAAAGUGGUCAACAACAUGACAACCAAAGAAGAAUUAAAUGCUCCAGAAGAAAUUAAAGGAGUCGACGACCUUAAAAUAACUAGAACAGAUAAACCAGAUGAGCCGAAAAUGGAAGUGGACUUCGAGAAGAUUCAAGAUAUGAUUGUAUUUGAUGAAAUGGGCAACAAAAUACGUUUUGGAGAUAUUUACAAGAAACAAAAAACAAUCAUUGUUUUUACAAGGCAUUUCCUGUGUUUUGUAUGUAAAGAUUAUGUAGAAGAUCUGGCAUUAGUUCCUUUUGAGUACCUUCAGGAAGCAGAUGUACGACUUGUUGUGAUUGGGCCUGCACCUUUUAAGUUUAUAAAAGAUUUUAAGAAGUUGACUGGAUUUCAGUCCACAUUAUAUACAGACCCAGAAAGAGAGCUUUAUAAAGCAUUAGGCUUGAAAGAACACUUGGAACAUGGAAGCUCAGAUAGUAGACAUGUCAAACAGAAUAUGUUCAUGGGAGUUAUGAGAAGUAUAUGGAGAUCAAUGAAAUAUCAAGAAUUCCAAGGAAAUGUUCAGCAGCAGGGUGGUGCCUUAGUUGUUGGACCAGGGAAUGAGUUGCAUUAUUCACAUGUGGACAAAAAUUCCACGAGUCAUACACCCAUCAACAAACUGUUAGAAGUAGCAGGAGUACAACCAGUCAGUUUUCCAAAAGAUCCAAGAGUACAAAGCUUGUGAUCAAAACCGUAUUCUGUACAUUUAUAAUCAAAAUGAUUAUUGAACCUGCGACUGAACUAUCCUGAGUACUGGCAGAUUGAACAAAACUAACAAUGAGUCAGUUUUCAGUGCUGUACAUAUCAAUAAUUUAUUAUCAGACAUAAAUUUCAUAUUAAAAGGAAAUUAAUUUGAUAUAGGUUGAAAAUUGUGUUUAAUUGAAAGGAUAAGAGUUUAGAUUGAUCAUAUUUUUGUGGUCUGAUGAAAUGAUGUCUAAAUAAGACAAAACUUUGGAAGAUUGUAAUGCACACAAAUAGAUAUGGAAAUGUUUGGAACAAUUUUAAGGAUUUGAGAUCAAAGUAAAGUUUUAAUUGAAAAAUGAAGAUACAUAUGUAUUCAGUAAAAUUAGAUUAUUUUACAUAUGACAUUUAUGAUGUUCCUUUUUGAUUAGUUUAAAAAAAAAUAUGUAAGUGUUGAGAUUCAUUGUCAAAUGUUUAACAAAUUUAACAAAGCAUUUUGAUUGUGUAUAAAAGGGAUGAUGUAUGACAAAAUCAAUAUGCAGGUGAAAAGGGAAAUAUUAUUUUAUGUUUGUUGUUUAGUUUUAUAUGAUGAAGUAUGAAUGUGUUUAGUUCUGUAACAUUUAUUUUUGAAAAUAAGUUAUCUCCCAUUUAAAUUAGCCUGGCAUCCCGGCCCGAUCUAGCUGCACGUUGCAAGGGCCAGGUGGGGAACAAAUACCACGUGAUCGAUUCAGUGCCAGUUGACUCUGAAUCUAAAGUGAGGCUGAAUAAAUAUUUGCAUAAAUUUUGAUGUUUGAUGUAAACCAGGGAUUUCAAACCAAUGAUUAAGAAACAUUGCUUCUGAUUCAAUACAUUUAGCUCUCAGAUUGACGAGUCCCCAUUGUCAGUAAUAUAAUAAAAUAAAUAUAUAUUAAACAGUAUAAAUAAAUACUAGUAUGUGUAAUCAAAAGAAACUUUGAAAAAUGUUGUACAUUUAAUAUAUAUUUUAUCAGGAAGGAUUAUAUGGGGUAAGACUCAACGAAACAACUCUUUAUUUAUAAAAAUCAAAUUUAAUAAAUAUUGUAAUUGUCUAAUGUAAUUAUAAUUUAAAAUAGAUGUACGAUGGUGUAUCUUCGCACAUGUACACAUCAUUUGAAAUGUAACCCCUCUCCCAAAAAAAAAAUAACUGCAAUUUUUGUUGGCCUUUACUUUUUAUGUUUUUUUCCAUAUAUAUUUUGCCCUUUGAGAUACAUGUGUACAUGUAAAUUAGGUCGUAAAAGUAAAAUCCAAUUCACACCUUGGUCAUGUGAAAUCUUAAACUUUAAAUUUUCUCACCAGUUGAUUACUGAUAAGAAUUAACCCUUUUCUGCUCACUAAUUAUCAUCAUACUAAUAAUUAGAUAUGAUAACACUGUACAUCAAUUCAUAAAGAAAAAUUAAUACAGUCUAAUUUUUACUAAUUGAUGUUAAACAAAAAUUGAUUGGAUACAGAUGUAAAACAAACAUUGCGCGACAAAAUUAGUAUUAACCAAUCAUUGACAGGCUGGACAUUGAUACACGCCUGGCUAUACUGACAGAUUAACCAGGACCCCAGGCUACCAUUUAAAUGUGACAUAAGUUAUCUCCCAUUUGAAUGAGUCAUAAGUUAUCUCCCAUUUGAAUGUGACAUAAGUUAUCUCCCAUUUGAAAGAGCACACAUAGUACAUGACCUUUAAAUUUCAUAAAGUAUUUAUAUAUAAUCAUGUUUUUUUUUUUGUGAAUAUUUGUUUUAUUUAUUUUGUGUUCAAUUUCAAUGUACAAACCUCUAUUUAAAACAUUAUGAACAAUUUCAAUAUGUGUUAACCAAUUUUCUUACAUGCAGUCAUUUCUAAAUAUAUUGUAACUGAAGCUUUUUAAGAGAAGCUAUUAGCUGUUGAAUACCUUUGCCCAAGUGAAACAACAGUUGCAAUGGUAGCAAUAAAAGUAUGCAAUUUAUUGUUCAUUAGGAUUAGACUUGUUCAGGAAAAGAAAUGUCAAUGUAUGAGCACUUUAUAAAUAUCAUUGUUUUUGACAAUGAGAUAUUUAAGUAUUGAAAUAAUACACUUGUGAAUGCUUUCACUGGAACUUUUAUGUUUUUGUUUUCUUGAAAUAUUUAUAACUCUUUUUGAAAUUAUUACUUUACAAUAAAGUUUAUUUAUACA